UCUCCUUCGGCACAAAAGUUCAAUUCCCUCGAUUUCUCUUCACUCCUCUAAACCCUCUCUGCUUUUCAUCCCUCAAUUUCGAAAUCAAUGCAGCAGGCCGGAUCAUCUGCGUCGGAGACUGAAGUGACGUGGGAAGAUCAGCAGAAUAUCAACAAGUUUGGCAGAUUGAACAAUCGCCUUCACGAUUUAGACGAUGAAAUCAAGACUGCCAAGGAAACGAAUGAAAAUCUCGAAGAUGCAAGCAAUGAGUUGAUUCUUACGGACGAAGAGAUUGUUCGAUUCCAAAUAGGAGAGGUGUUUGCCCAUGUUCCGAAAGACGAAGUGGAAAGCAGGAUUGAAGAGUUGCAAAAGGUAACCAGCAAGAAUUUGGAGAAACUCGAAGAGGAGAAGGAAACAAUAGUUGCUCAAAUGGCUGCGUUGAAGAAGAUUCUCUAUGCUAAAUUUAAGGAUUCGAUCAAUCUAGAGGAGGAUUAGAGUUAAUUUUUUCGUUUAUUUGUCUUUGCUUUUGUUGAACUUUUAUAUAUCUGUUAAAACCAUCAGCUUUUAAGACGCAUCAAAACUAUGAAAUGUUCCUUUUUUUUUUGUUGUAACUUGUAAACGUAAAAGAUAUAACAAUUUUAAUUGUAACCGUUUUUUAACGAGGAUUAGAUCCACGUGAUUUGUAAAACUUUAGGGGCAAUUUGCUAAACACCCAUGUGCACUAAUACUUUUUCGGAUCAGAA